CGUCAUCAGCCCGUCAUUCAUCAAGAAACAUAAAAAUUGAAUUAUUUUGCAGCUGUGGAAGAAAACAAGUGAGCAAUUUUAUUAGAUUUUUUGCAAUAAAAUCGGUGUUAGUUUCCAUCCCAUUUGAGUUUUUCCAGCGCAUUAUGGAUUCUGUUACGGUUCUAGAUGGUUACUUACGUAAAGCAGUCAAUCCCGUAAACGCCGAACUGGACAUUUCUGCCAUCGAUCAGUUUUGUCUAACACUGAAAAAGGAUCCUUCGUUGAUAUCGUCGGCCCCUUCGCUGUUGGCCAGUCGGAUUCAAUCGGCGAACAGCAAAGAAGCUUUGCUGGCGCUUGAUGCACUGGAGGAAUGCAUGGAAACUUGUGGAAAGGAGUUCCGAUCGGAAAUUAACAAGUUUAGGUUUUUGAACGAGCUGAUCAAACUGGUCUCAAAGAAAUUCGAUGGCGAUAAGACACCGAAAGAAGUUUCGGAGAAGAUACUGAAUGUCCUUCUAACCUGGACCAACAAAUACGACAACUGUGUAAAAAUUCAAGAAGCUUACAAUUUACUCAAGACACAAGGAAUUGAACACCACCCUCAGCAAAAUGUUGUAGUAAAAAACACUUCCAAGAAUGCACAACGUAACAGUUUAGACGAGAAAGAAUUUGCCAAGCUUCGGCAGCUAAUCCACAGCAGCAAACCGGAAGAUCGAGACAAAGCUAACUUGCUCAUACAGAACUUCUAUCGCGACGAUGAACGACGCACCCAGAUGAAGAUGAGACGGUUUGCAGAGCUACAGAAAGUGGGAGAAAACAUCAAGCUCUUGGAUGAGAUGCUUUCACAGUACAGUCCGGGUGAAACCUCCGAAGAUGAACUGGCAAUCAUCCGAGAAAUUUUCGAAUCAUGCGAGGGAAUGCAUCCCACCAUUAUUCGUUUAGCCGAGGAAACACAGCAUAGUGAAGGAAUGCUGGAAAAGAUAUUCGAAAUCAAUGAUAACCUAACUCAAGUAUUGGACAAAUAUCGGCUGCUAAUUCUGAAAACACCAUCUGCCGAGCACAAGCCAAGCAGUUCCGCCAUUUCUUCGCCCACCUCUCUAUCGUCGAAAGCUUCGUACUCUGCAAACAUCAACGUCCCGGAUCCGCUCGAUAGCCUGUUCGAUAUUUCAACCAUCCCUUCGAGCAGUGAGCCAGCGCGCAAUGCGUUGGAUGAUCUCAGUGAAAUAUUCGCUACCUCUAUCAGCACUGAUGGAGCGGAUUCGAAAGUGAAUGCUUCUACCUCAUCGGCAUCUAUCGUCAAUACGGAUACAAUUCUGACCCCAUUGGUGUUGAGUAACGGGUCUAAUGCACAGAUAGAUUUUUUGGAACCAAUGGUAACGAAUGGGGCGAAUAAGUACAGCGGGAUCCAGGGCUUGCUGCAGGGGAGCUCGAAUGGCUACGCGAAUACAAAUGCAAAAAUUCUACCGACACAUGCUGACAAAACAAAAAAGCCUUCCAAUAGUUUAACCAAUAGUACCAAAGUUGAUAGCUUGAGUGGCGCAAAAACCAUACCUGAUAUAGAUGUUUUGGUCAGUGGAAUGAAGUCAAAUCUUCUUUCACAAUUCAGCGCGAAGCCAAGUUCGGAAGAUGCAUCACAAUCGAAUGAAAUGGUCUCAAGUGAUGAUGACGACAAAGUAUUGAAUCCAAUCACUCCUACCGUUGAGGCCAAUAUUCCGCAUGUCUCGGCGCCGACGGAACCUUCUCCGGCAGAAGCUCCCAAAUCUAAACCGGAGUUCAAAUCACUGGCCGAAAUUGUUAUCGAUUUGGACAAUAUCCAGCCCAGUCGGGAACCAUCCCGCACCGUACUCAAUGAAAAGGAUGGCCUACAGAUAACGCUCAACUUUGCGAACGAUCAUCCGAGAUCGGAUGUUACGGUGAUUGUCAUAUCUACGAUCAAUCAAGGACGGGUGGAAAUUCCAAGCUUUUACUUUGAUGCCAGCGUUCGAAAACCGUGCAAGUUGCGGCUACUGCCUGCUUCAGGAACGCAACUUCCUGGUACGAAGCCUUUCCGGCCACCGGCUGACGGUAUAACGCAAGUCCUGCUGCUGGCGAAUCCCUCGGGAGAACCCGUAGAUCUGACGUGCAUUCUUACGUACUGCGUAGGAGACGAUCCGGAUCCAAUCAAAGACUCGAUAGUGAUGAAAGAUGUUCCCUUCGUCAGGGAAUAGUGCAAGAGCGAAUUAGAAACUAAUGUAAGUAAAAGAAAAGAGAUGGUAGUCUGUGAUUACAAGGCAAGCUGAAUAAUAAUUUAUUUUAGGCCUUUGAUUAAUUAAUUGCUUAAGCAGCACACAGUCAUUCAAAAUUGAUUUACGAUUUGCAGCAGUCUUUUUCAAGCAAAAUUAGUUGAUUUAAUCACUCGAUUCCUUGAAAGAACAUCUGGAUACUCAUAUUCUGACUAUCCAUAAAUCUGAUUCUCAUUGAAAAAUGUACGAAACAGGUAUCGCAGUAAUGUACUUCAUUGAAUUGAGUUAAGUUAUUUGAAGCAAGUCGAUUAUUUUACCUAGUAUUGUACAUUAUUACAGUUAUCCUGUCUGAACAAUUGAUUAAAAAAUAAACAAAUAUAUUACUUAUUUGAA